AUGGGUAUCUUCGAGAAACUUCAAGCUCGCCUUGAGCUGCACCGCCUUGAACAGCGCUACACGCGCCGCGAGAAGCGUACUACCUUCAUUAGCGAAGCGCAGUAUGUAGACGGCGAAUACGUUUAUGCUUCGUCGCCUUCUUCCGCGAAGUCGUCAAGCACCGUCAAUAGCAAACGUUUUAGCGUCAUGCCUUCCAUAAGAAUAAAGGAAAUUGGUCGCAAUGGCACCGGACGAUCUUAA